GGAAUCUUGAGAGAAUCAUCCCCACAUAUCUUGAAUCAGGAAUCACAGAAUUACCCCUUUGCUGUCAUUUUGUUUUUCAUUCCCAAAGGAAAAUCAAAAGUCACGAAAUGCUGUCGAGACACCUCCUGAACGUUGCCCGGGAUGCCGCCAUGAGGCAGAUGGUGCGUCAGGCAAGCAAUGGGAAUAACAUUGCGACGAAGAUUGGCAAGAGGGAGGUGGUUGGGUACGGCUGGAGCGGUGAACCCGUCUACUAUGACCGCGUGGACUAUCCCUUCCCGGCUAUCAGGUGGCAGGAGCCCACUCCGCAGAUCCAGGCGCUCCGCGAGAAGGAGAAGGGUGACUGGAAGAAGUUGAGUAUUGAUGAGAAGAAAGCCCUCUACAGGGCAUCCUUCUGCCAGACCUUUGCCGAAUUCAAGCAUCCCACGGGCGAGUGGAAGGGCUGCCUCGGCUGGACGCUUGUCUUCACAUCCAUGGCCAUCCUCUUCUCGCUCUGGAUGAACCUCUUCGUCUACGACGAACUUCCAGCUAGUUUCAGCGAGGAGAACAAGAAGGCACAGCUGAAGAGGAUGCUGGACCUGGAAGUGAAUCCCAUCCACGGGUUGGCCUCCAAGUGGGACUACGAGAACAAGAGAUGGAAGUAAGCGCGUUAAAUUUAGUCAUGAAGACACCUCCGUCACACCAUCAAUAUUUAAUGCGAUCCUACUGCGGUAGGUCCUCUCCGGAGGGGCUACUGCUGCUCCGCUCUGUAGUCGUUUGUGCAGAAUUAAUGUGAAAAUAAAAAAUUAAAAAAAUGUGAAGAACUUGAAGGAGAAA